CUCAGAUGGCUUCCUCCAUCACUGCGCGCGCAGCGUUCGCUGCUUCUCCUCCUCCUGACCCCCACAGCUCCGGGAGAAGAAAAUGAGACUCGAAUGCUUUCGCUUUGUGCCAGUCUUGCUGCUCUGUUUUGUCGACGCCAUCCUGGGGCAGUCAUCAAUGACAACGAGUGGCACAGGAAGCGUUACUGGGACGUCCCUUAGCGAGAGUGCGACAACAUCAUCGAUCUCAACGACGAGUAGGAGUAGGAGCACGAGCAAGAGUGGGACCUCGAGUGCUAGCUCGACGGUCUCGGCGGAUCUACCGACUCUGAGUGGAUACUCGACUUGCGUAACCUAUUGCUUGGAGCUGUCCAUUGCCGACGCCAACUGCACUAGUGUAGCAGAUGUAAAUUGCUUCUGCCCAAGCUCCAACUUCACGUCCGAACUCACAGACUGCAUCGUUCCGGAAUGCCCGAAUGAACUUCAGACAGCAGAGACCCUUGCGCAGAGCUUUUGCGGGUUGGCGUCGACGAGCACGUCAUUGUCAUUCAGUGUCACCUCCAUUUCUUCCUCUAACGCGACCUCCUUGGCACUAUCAAGUUUCAGCGGCUCUACGACAGCUACUGGUUCCAGAACCAGUAGCGAUCCAUCGAGUUCGACGAUGUUGUCGUCGAACGCGGCUUGGGGUACGAAGAUGGAAGCGUGGGGUGCAUUUGUUGCCGUUUUGUGUGUUGUUGUGAGCAAGGCGGUCCAAUAUUGACUUGAGAAGCUACGCUGGGACUUAGGGCUAUUCUUCGUUUCAUUCGGACUUGGGCAUUGCGUGUUCUUACUUACAUCUAUAUAGUUACUAGGUCCUUAUUCAUCGGCAUUGCUGGAACCAUCAUCGUUCUAUACCAUAGAUGUCCAUCUUCUGUCGUAGCGAACUCCAAUUUCGAGGAAAAUACCGUCGGAACCUCACCAAUGCAAUCUUAGAU